UUGACAACACGCGACACCCAUGAGCUUGGUAUCUGGCCAAAUCAAGCCAUGGAUUCCUGGAGAGACAUCUUCGCGCUCGGCUGGCUCAUCCUAGCCGGCGUCGUCGUUCUAAUAGUCUGCAUAGGAUUGCGCUCAAUCUCCAGAAACUUCAAGCACCCCCCAGGUCCUCCAGUCUCUCCUGGUCUCGGCCAAAACGCGCCGCAUGUCACGAUAAUUCGGCCGGUCAAGGGCGUCGAACCCAGACUCUACGAUUGCAUCGCCGCCUCGUUCCGCCAGGCUUACCCCCAGGACAAGAUCUCGAUCCGCCUUUGCCUCGAAGAUGACAGCGAUCCGGCGUACCCGAUCCUCCAGAAGGUCAUCGAUGACUUUCCCACGUUCGACGCCCGUAUACUGCUCGAGAGGGAUGAUUCUGUGCUGAGCGAGACGAUCAACAUGGGCCCCAACCCCAAGAUUCGCAAUCUGAGCCGAGCGUACCGAGAGGCCAAGGGAGACAUCAUCUGGAUCGCUGACUGCAACGUCUGGAUGGCCAAGGAUGUCCUAGGACGCAUGGUAGACAAGCUCAUGGGCUAUAAGUUAGGCGGCGGCUCGAAACCAUACAAGUUUGUCCACCAGCUGCCCAUCGUUAUUGACCUAGUCGACUACUCGAGGCCCCUUGCAGCGGAUGGUCAAGCUCUGUUGGCCUCUUCAUCUGAGGAGGGCUUUGCGUCGGAUCCCAUUGUCGAUGAGGACUCGGGAGAGGCGCCGACAGUCUGGUCCCAGGGUGGAGGGCGUCUUGACGAGAUGUUUAUGGCCACGUCGCACUCCAAGUUCUACAGCGCUAUCAACACUGUCGGCGUUGCACCUUGCGCCGUUGGGAAGAGCAACAUGUUUCGCAAAUCUCAGCUGGACCAUGCCACCGAUCCCAUCCUGAACCCCAGCCUACCCCAAGACCAGAACCUGCCAACCGGCGUCGACUUUUUCUCUCACAACAUUUGCGAAGACCACAUGAUCGGUGACCUAUUAUGGAACACCCACUUUUCCGGCUUCAGAAAACAUGGACUCGUCUGGGGCGACCUUGCUGUGCAGCCCAUGUCGGGAAUGUCUGUUGCCGCGUACGCUGCAAGACGGUGUCGGUGGCUGAGGGCUCGAAAGUAUACUGUACUUUCAGCAACCCUGCUCGAGCCGUUUACAGAAUCUUUCCUUUUUUCCACGUAUCUUUCAUAUGGAAUUACAACCUUGACCUACUUCAACGAAAUAUGGGGCAUUCCUCAGACUUGGAAGGCAAUGGCAAUCACUUGGCUUCUCUCGAUCACGAUAUGGAUGAUUGUGGACUGGUUCAACUUUAGCUGCUUGCACUCUGGUAACACCAUCGAGACAGACGAACAUACACCCUGCUUCGCCAAGGGCUUUGCCUCUUCAGAAGGUCUUCCAAGCAGGCGGUUUUCAGAGUUUGUGCCAGCAUGGAUUGGACGAGAAGCCCUGGCGCUCCCCAUUUGGGCAUGGGCCGUCCUGUGCGGAAACACGGUGAAUUGGCGAGGCAAGGAGUUUUACAUUCGCUUUGAUACGACAGUGUAUGCAGUCGACUCUGAGGAACGCACUAGGGAUGUCAGGACACCAGAGUUGGAGAGGGGAACGUCACGAAACAAGCACCGGGUUGAUUAG